GUCAUUUGUUAUUUACUUAUUAGGUUUCAGAUUCAUACAUAAUUAAUGUAUUGGGUGUACAGUAAAUGACACAAUAAAUAACUGCUUCAAUUUCUGAUUGAAAUAAAAGCCACUGCAUAAUAUUUAUGAUAGAAGAUUAUGUAUUAAAAUUAUGUAAACAUUAAAUUUGGUAUUUUCAGGAUUGAGCCAGCAGUGAAGGCUGGGAACUGCAAUAGAAGAAAUUUGGCUCAGAGUGCAGCAGAAAGGUUGAAAGGUGUGUGUGGCUAGCAAAAGUUUGCAAGGUGUAAAAGAACAUUAGGUGAGAUAGUAGUCAAGUUCUCAAGAACAUACAACCAUGGGCAAGCAGAACAGCAAACUCAAACCAGAAGUGUUGGAAGAUCUUCGUUCCAAUACAGAGUUCACAGACGCUGAGAUCCAAGAAUGGUACAAAGGUUUCCUUAAAGAUUGUCCAACAGGCCACCUUUCAGUUGAAGAAUUCAAGAAGAUAUAUGGGAACUUCUUUCCAUAUGGCGACGCAUCAAAGCAGUUUGCGGAGCAUGUGUUCCGGACCUUCGAUGCAAAUGGGGACGGCACCAUAGACUUUCGAGAGUUCUUAUGUGCCCUUUCUGUCACAUCAAGAGGAAAGCUGGAACAGAAGUUGAGGUGGGCCUUCUCAAUGUAUGACCUCGAUGGAAAUGGAUACAUCAGUCGACAGGAGAUGCUGGAGAUCGUUACAGCAAUUUACAAGAUGGUUGGCUCUGUGAUGAAGAUGCCAGAAGAUGAAAGUACCCCUGAAAAACGUACAGACAAAAUCUUUCGUCAGAUGGAUAAGAAUAAGGAUGGCAAGCUAAGUCUUGAAGAAUUCAUCGAAGGGGCUAAGAGUGACCCAUCCAUCGUACGCCUGCUGCAGUGUGACCCUCAAUCAUCUCAGUGACCUCUCUGAAUCUAACCUUACCUCAUCUAACCUGUCUAAAUAUCUGACAACCUUAACCUUGUAAUUACUACUUUUUGCCAUAAUAAACUCCCAGUCUCUAACAUACCUUAACAUUAAUAUCCUUCUUUAAACUGUCCACAGUCUCCCUAAAGCCCUUUAUUCCUCUUACCUUCCCAAGCAUUCCGCUCUCUCUCUCUCUCUCUCUCUCUCUCUCUACGUCUCUGAACCCCUUUGCAUCAGCCCCUUCCCAACCCACACAAGAUUCUCUUGUUUUAUAGGUCAGAUUCUGUUCCCACACUCCCAGCUUCACUUAGCUUUGAAGUGUCCCUAUCUCACCUUAUCUUGUCCUUAUCCUUAACUAGCCCCUGGAGGGUUAUAAGGACUAGGCUUACGGUGUGAAUCACACCAUCGCCUCGCUGUAUUAAAAUGCCGACCUCUAGCCCUAUGUCACAUUCGUGUUAGGCUGAUUGGCAAUGAACCUGCUAAAGACAGCAACUAAAGGGCUGUAUUUGUUUUAUAGUGUUAGAUAGAUAUGGGGCUGAAAGUUUUAAGGGAUGUAACUUUUGUAAUGAAGCUGGGCCUAUGUGGGGUUUGUGGGUUGUGUGGAAUGAACAAUUGUACUGGGCAGGAGGAUGUUUACUCCUGCUUAGCUAUCCUGUAUGUACUGCAUGUUACCUGCACAAAGAUUUCCUUGUCUGGUGCUCACCUGUCAGAGUCGGAAUAAGUAAGAACAAAGGUGUAGCAACACAUAGGGUUUGUAAUUUUUCAACGAUCCCAAUUGUACUUAAUUAGUGGAGAGUUGGCUUUAUUCUGUCGAAUGUUCCGAGUCAUUCUACAUACCAGUUACGUGUAUUCCAUUUCUAUUUUUAUUUACAUUUUGUCAAUUGCAUGUUAAUACUGGCAGGUGUUUGAUUUUCCCAUAUUCCAUGGAAAACUCCUGACAAAUUGGUGAUCAUUAGUAUAAUUUUUAUUUAGUUUGAAAGAUUUAGUAAGAUUAUCCAAGGGCUGGUAAUGAUUUUUUAAAAUUGUAAAUACAUUUAAGGAGAAGGUAAUUGACAGAACUCAAUUUCCAGAAAAAUAGAGGCUUAACUUAAACAAAUUUGUUUGCCCCAUAAACUGCAGUUUAGAAAUAAAAUGUCAAUCUCCUAAUAAUCAUUACCUUCUCCUUUGUCUAGUGUACUUGUGACCUUGUGGAUAAUGAAGAGGUAUUAAGAACAUUUACAUUUAGGUAAGUUUUAGUGAAGUACCAAAUUGUUAAAAAAUAAGCUGGUUAAAAUUGCCUAAGUGGCUAUAGCAUAUCUGACUACCGAGUCAGAAGUAUCCUGGAUAUGGGGGCUGCCAGAAAGCUACGCUUCUUGAUAUGAAUGUGGUAAAGUUUUCCCCUGCCUUUGCAAUCAGUGUGUAUUCAACAACUGUUCUUCAUCUUUGUGCCAAAGUGUCAUGAGGAUUUUUUUUCUUACAAAGACUCCCUAUUUUCCCCUGAAACACUUUUGGGGUAGCAGUGGGGCACUUUACCGUCUUGCAAUUUGGCAAUUUGCCUUCUUGCAGUAUAGCAAUUUGCCUUCCUGCAAUAGGGCAAUUUGCCUUUUUUGCCAAGGAAUACCUUACCUUCUUCCAAUGGGGCACUUUGCUACCAUGCUUCAUGGGUGGUAAAAGAUGAAAGUAAUCAAGAAUGAUGUUGAUACAUCAGUUCUUCUCUAGGGUGGUGUAAUGACGAAUAUCUUCCUCUCGCCCACGGUGUAUAACUUGCCUCGUUUCUGCUACAUUCUCACCACUUUCCAUUAUUAAGAGUGCUAACAAAGUAUGGGUACCUCUGAUUUUUCCGAUUUACUCCCUUGAUUUAAAUGGAGACAUUUCAGACAUCCUUUAUUAUUGUGUGCACAAAAUAUGUCUCAUGAUCAUCAAUUUUGUGCCAUUGUUUGAGAUAUUAAAAUGGUAUAACACCUAUUUUAAUCAUAAAUUAAAUAUAAUAACAAUGUUUGACAAUGGACUCAAGUUGCUGACCAUUCUGCAUGGGUUUUCAGGCUGUGGAUUCAAUGCAAGACUAAAUGAGCAUAAUAUAGAACUUUUAACAGUUCCUGGUACAGGUCUUAUCUUUUAAGUCAGUAUUUUAUAUAUUUGCUGUGUAUGUUAAAUCUCACUCUGACUAUACUAUCCAUAGCUCAAACUAUGCAAAGAUGACCAGCAUUUUUUUUCAUUGUUUUGAGAAACAAAAUUAGUCUGAAUUUCUGGAGAAAUACAAGUGGAAUUAAGCUAGGAAAACCUCCAUGUAUAGUUUGCAACACACUGUAUAAAUGUGAUCCUCAAUUGCCACUUGUGUGUCCUGAAUAUGAAAUUGUCUGUAAAAACAAUCACAUCUGAUAAUGCUGGCAUAAUGAACACUCGUAAAAUAAUUUUCUAUUUUGGUAAGCCAUCACGUGUGCUGCAUAAUUCUGAGUAUCUUCCUGUGAUUACCACUGUUGUGUUAUCUGAUGACGCUUUAUGACUGCUAUUGUCAAAGUCUGUAUUUUUUUUUGUUACUUUUGCCAGGAAUUGUUGUCUGCGGGAUUGCUAUAAUCUUCCGCCAAGCACAGGCUGCUUUGAAAUUGUAGAGCGUCAUCACUCGAGCUGUAAUUUUCUUUACUACGGUACAUUGCUAAAGAGAACACCGCCCACCACCAUCAGUGCUAUUUAUGCCUCUUCAUCUCAAUUUCAAGUAGAGGUGGAACAGGAAAGAAGGGGUUUUGUGGGAUAAGUGCAGUUUCAGCAUUUUUUGGGAACUUUUUAAUCUGUAGUACAGUAUUUUGAUCUAAUUCCAUGCUUCAAUUUCUAUGUUUCAUAAAGAGUUGCACAAUAUAAUUUUUCUAUAAAUAAGCAUUGGGGUUUGGUGCUUACCCACAUAUUUCACUGUGCAGUGCCUCUCAUUAAAUUAAUCUUGCAUCCACUUGUACCUUACCCCAAAUCUAGUUGCUGUUCAUUAAGAUGCUGAAGAUAACUACAGUGCAACUUCUCUUUCAUUGUAUGGUUCCUGUAUAAGAUUAAAUUGCACGUGUAAUGUGAUCAGAAAAGUGGUUUGUGUAGGCAAGUGUCUAAGCUCUGACCUCUGAAUAAAAUGAAGCUAUAAGGUGUAAAUGAAAUGUUUGCGGUUUUGUUAAGACAGUUUAUUUAACAAAAUUAUUUAAGCUCUUGAUUUAUUAGAAAACUUGCAUCAAGUUCUGUGUAUGGAAUGUGACUAAAUGGAUUACCUUGCGUCGAUUCUGGGGAUCAAUGUCCCGGCAGCCUGGUCUCUAACUAGGCCACCAGGUGUGGCCUCCUCUUUGUCCAGGGUAUCCUCAUAAACCAUAUUGUAUUUACAUAGGCUAAUUGUUAGUGUAUUUUGAGUGUACACAAGAUGAAAGGUAUAGAUCUGCUUUGCAUUACUAACUACUGUAAAUUCAACAUAAAACCCAAGUGGCCAGAACUGAGACACAAACCUACACGUGUGCAUACUCAAGAACCAAAGUUGAUGUUUUGUCAGGUUUCUUCCUUGUUGUAUUUCCCUGUGAGACAGAGUAUCAAAUAAAAGUACAGCAACAAGACUUACUGUCCUUAAUUUUUUUUUUUUUUUAAUAUUUCCACUUAUUCUACUGAAUGUAAGUAUUAAAUUGAUAGCUUUGAUCAUACAUGGUAGCUCUAUUUUGAAAGAAUUAAAAGGAUUGUCAAAAGAAA